CAUCUUAGUAAUAUAUACACUUGCCUUUCAGUUCCAAGGCCACGUUUGCUCGGCAACUGUUCGUGGGCUUGUAUUGGCUGCGUUGUUGCUACUGCCAAAAUCACGCCCGAGUACGAGCAGAGCUUUUCCAUUCCAAAUUGCAGAGGUGGAUCGCAUCUUCCAUCGCUGAGCAUGCGCUAGAGUGCUUACAAGCCUGCGGGCGCCGCCUCCUCAAGAAGCACUCGUUCGAGUCUUGCCAGGAGCAGGAUUCGCGCCGAGACAGUGCCUGUGUCAUCAGGAAGGCAUGGCGUACCAGCCUUCGGUUAAGCAGCAGGAAGCGUCCGGCCAUGCGGACGCUCCUGGCUCAGCUCCUCGAUCCUCAGUACCUGACAUUCCGGGUGUACCCGCUCCGGACAAGGUCCAAUGGGAUCUAAGAGAGCACGUCGCGCGAUUGUGCGGUCUAAGAGACGCAAGGUUUCCUGGCGCACAGCCCGUCUCGUUUGAGAAGCGGACGAUUGAGGACCUCAUCAACGAGGACUUUUGGGUCUGCGAGAAAUCGGAUGGCCAAAGAGUCCUUGUGUUCAUUGUCAUCAAUCCAACCACGGGGCGGCAAGAAGUGUUUUUGAUCAAUCGAAAGAACGAAUACAAGAGGGUGGACAAUAUCUAUUUUCCGAGCCCUCCCGGCGCGCAUUUGGCCCAAGCGAACAAUACCCUGCUGGAUGGCGAGCUUGUGUGGGAUACUGAGAAGAGUGGAAGACGAGUGUUGAGGCUGCUCUUGUUCGACGCCUUGAUCGUACAAGAUGACAACAUUAUGCAGAAGGGUUUAGGAAGACGAUAUGGACGACUGAGAACGCUCGUGUUCGAACCGUUCUUCAACUACAUGGUCAAGCACCCCGAAGCAGUGGCUGCUGCACCAUUUGAAAUCAAGGUCAAGCCAAUGGACCUCAGCUAUCACAUCGAACACGUACUCAAUAACCGAAUACCCCAAUUGAAGCAUGGCAACGAUGGCUUGAUCUUUACCUGCUGGAACAGCAACUACAAGACUGGGACAGAUCCCAAAAUUCUCAAAUGGAAGCCGCCGUCAGAAAACAGUGUCGAUUUCAAGCUACGAUUGCGGUUCCCGCCAGACGCUUGCGGCAAAGUUCCUGACCUGACCGCCAAACCAUUUUUCCAGCUUGAUCAAUGGAUGGGAGGCCGCGGAGGCGGACCAGGCGGUUCCUAUCAGUACUUUGAUUGGACGGAUGUAUCUGAUCCCGAGUGGGAGGAAAUGAAGGCGAGCGGACUUCAAUACGACGACGCGGUAGUCGAGUGCGUCUGGGUAAACGGAGGAGAACGGGAAGUGGAUGGCAUGACAGGAGAGGAGACCGUUCGCCCGCCAAGAUGGGUCAUCAAGCGCAUACGUGACGACAAGAGGGACGGGAAUCACGCGAGCAUCGUCAAGGCGAUCCUCAAGAGCAUCGUGGAUGGCGUGGAAGCAGAAGAGCUCAUCGAAGCGGUCCCUCAAAUACGAGCUGCAUGGAAGUCACAGCUACGUACAGACUUUCGCGAGGGACGGAUUGGGCCAGAAGCCGUAGCCGAGGGCGGCCAUGACCCCGUCAUCGGUCCAAUUAGAGGCGGCCCUGGUCCGCCGAUGCGAGAAGGGGGGUCAAUACCCAGUUUAAUCAGGCGAUGAGACUCGCCAUGUUGCGGACGCCGAUUCGUGCAUUCCAUGUACAAUAGCGCCCCUUUGCAUGUAACCUCAUCAGUUGUUCCAUUACCAUCUUGGUGUAC